AUGGUGUCCCUCAGAAAGAACCUGCCGCCAGGGUCCCUCGCAUCCAGAAAGAACCCGCCAUCUGACAUGCACUUCACAACCACUCCUCCCUUUUCCCCUCCUCUCCCCACUCUCUCAAGCUCUUCAUUCUCCCUCUUCAUCCGGUCAGCCAGGCUGUCGCAGAGCAGGAGGGCAGCCAGGCCACCAGCGGAGCAGCCGGAGAGGAGGACGUGGGAGGCUGAGCGCAUGGCGUGGUGGGCCAGGAGAUCUGAGGCUUGCCCUCCUACAAGUGGUGGGCAUGAAGGGACAGGGAGGAGAGAGGACGUGGGAGGCCGAGCGCAUGCCGUGGUGGACCAGGAGGUGCGAGAGAAUGGCGCUGAAGACACGGAGACCACGCAUGUAGAUCUGAGGCUUGCCCUCCUGCAGGAAUACAGGGAGCAGAUGGGGAUAAGGGGAACACAGAUGGCAGCCCGCCACACUCUCCUUCCUCAUCCUAUCAGCCAGGCUGUCGCACAGGAGGAGGGCGGCCAGGCCACCAGCAGAGCAGCCGGAGAGGAGGACGUGGGAGGCUGA